GGUACAGUAUUCUUGGAUCGGAUAUAUUUGUCAGAAACUGACAUUGUCACUUGGAAGUGACAAUAAAAUGUCUGUUUUCUUGACGAAACCGUCUAAAAUAAACAGAAAAUAUUUAUUUGAGUGAUAAAAUAUUAAAAAAUGUCACAAACUAGCCUAGACCCUCCUGCUUCCAAAGAAAAAAAUGAAGAGAAAGCUUCGAAAUCGAUAGCAGUGACACAAAUUAACGAUGUAAUCCAGUUUCAAGAACCGAAUACUUCGAAAAGUUACUCGCUGAAAACGGAAAUACGUAUCGACAUAGUUGAACAGGGUGAAACAGAUAAACGUGCGGUGGAAAACGAUGAUUCCGUCAUAUCUUUGUCACUUUUUACCGAUGAAAAUAAAACAAAGACAGAUCCAAUAGAGGCUGAAGAGAGUUAUGCAACCAUGGAUGCCUGUAUUAAGGAGAAAACUACCAAUACCAUUGGAGCAACUAUUUUUAGUUCUAACGACCGUACCCAGAGGAUGAUGGUGGGUAGAAGUGAAGCCCCGCCCCCUUACGAGAGCUCCGCCCCUCCUCCUUAUACCACCCAUAGAUCGUUUAACGCCCCCUCAAGUCGCGCACCCCAAUACGGCUACCCCGAUCCCUCCGACAGACCAUUAUCACCCCCAGACUCGGACUACAUGGCCGCCUUCAUUCACCUGGAACUACGCCUGGCGUUCAUCAGGAAAGUGUUCUUCCUGCUGGCCCUACAGCUCGUCUUGACAGCUGGCUUUGUUUUUUUCGCCAUGCAUCACGAGCAAACCAGAAUAUACAUCAAGACCAACGUCCCGAUGUCUUGGGUCAUGUUCAUGUUGUGGCUGGUGCUCUAUAUCGUUUUGAUGUGUUACAAAAUCGCUAGGCAACUAUUCCCUUUGAAUUUUGUACUGUUGUUGCUCUUUACCAUCGCUAUGUCGUACAUUUGCGCUAAAAUCAGCCUGGUAUUUUCUACCAAAGUCGUCGGGAUGACUUUGGCUGGCACGGGAUUGAUUUGUCUUAUCGUGACGUUUCUAGCCUGUCAAACUUGGUUCGAUAUAACCAAGUGGGCGGCGAUUAUAGGUAUAGCGUCGCUGAUUUUGUUGGUUUACGGGGUGGUGAUAUCGGUUGUUUUUCUAUUCACGUAUUCGCCGAUUAUGUGGCUGGUUUAUUCGGCAUUGUGCACUAUGAUGUUCACUGUGUUUUUGCUGUACGACAUGCAGUGUAUAUUGGGAGGCAGAAGACACGAGAUGGCACCGGACGAGUAUAUUUUCGGGGCUUUAACUUUGUACGUGGAUAUAAUUAUGAUUUUCAUGUAUAUGCUACAAUUAGUAAACGCUUGUUCGCGAUAGCGUAUUGUAUAUUCUGUUAAAUAAAAUUAUGUUCAAUGAUUCACUUUUUUUUUAUUUCAAAGGAUUAGUACACUACAUCGAAUGUAUAGAAUGUUCAGCCAUCGUUAUAGAUAAUAGACAAAUUACUGCAUAUUUUUUUUAGUAAUUGUCAUUGUCAUUUCACUUGUGGUUAUAGAUGUUAGUGUGUGUUACAGAUGAUAGAUACGACAGACCAUUAUCACCCACAGAC